GACGUCAAACCAACGCGUUGACGUCACGACGCACGUGCUCCGGCAAUCGCGUUCCUGGUUCGGGUUUUUUUUUAAAUUCUCCGCCGCGUGCUGAAGCCGUCCCCUUAAAAUCCGACAAAUAAAACACAUUUAUAGUCGCCGUCAUCAUCCUCCUCGCCGGUCUUCGUCUACCGUAGUCGCGUCGGUUGCAAGCCGAAGCAAAAAGGGUUUUAAAGUUGGAGGCGUCAAAUAAAAGUUUGGGCCGAGCUCUCUGGGGGCGUCUCUGUGCUGUGUAGAAGGAGGACGAGGAGGACGAGGAGGAGGAGGGUAGGACGCGGUUGAUGAGACGGUGGAGGAGUCGACCAGCCAUGUCCGACUCAGAGGAGGCCUCGUGGGAGGAUUGUCCGGGUCUGGUGUCCAGCGAUGACGAGGAGGAAUGGGACGAUUCCAAAAAGCCUGCCGGACCCAUGACCAACGAAGAGGCUGCGUCGAGCUGGGUAGCUGUGCCGCUGGAAUCGCGCGUGCAGCACCACCGGGCGGCUAUGAUGUACCUGUACGGGCCGCUGCUGUUCAUGAGCGAGAAGAUGCCCGCCAAGUUGAUGGAGGUCGCCAAGCAGCACCUGACGAACAUCGACAUCAACGGAGCUCACUUCGCGGACUUCCUGUGGCAAGUGGGACAAGCGUUCAUGCAGAACAGCAUUCGCUUGGAGUUCACCAUCGCCGUGCUGGGCCUCUACGACAGAAUUCAGUCGUGUGACAUGCAGGAGGCUCUGGAAGCCGUGGAGCGCACGCGAGCGUUCGUGGCCCUCAAGGAGAGCUCCGUUCAGCUGGAGAGGCACCAGCGGCUCACCGUGUACCUCCUGCUCUGCUACACGUAUGGAAGGAUGUUGAAGUUUCUCUUCUUCAAGGGAGUAAAUCUGUUCAAGGAGUUUGAGUAUCGCUGCAGCCAGCAGGAUCAGUUGGCUCUCCCUGAGAAGGAACGGGGGAAUAUGUUUUUUCGUGACGGGAAGUUCAUGAACGCCAUAGAUUGCUACACAAACGGAAUUUUAGUCAGCCCAUACAACCACAUCCUGUACGGCAACCGAGCCAUCUGCUUCAUCCGCGUCAGAGACCACAGCAAUGCGCUCUCCGACGCCAGGAAAGCCGUCGUGCUGAAGCCGGACUGGCCGAAGGCUCACUACCGCUACGUGGAGGCGGUGCUGGAGGUGUACGGGCUCCACGCGGCACUGCACGCCAACCAGCGCGGCGUGGACCUCUGUCGCCUGAGCGGGGAGAAGGUGGCCGACCUCGUCACCCAGGGCGACCGCCUCCGUGAGCAGCUCGCCACGCUCGCCGCACGGAGAGCUCAAGAGACCAGCGCCAGCAACUUCUUGAACACGUUCAGCCGCAACCUCCGAGAGCGUGAUGGCACGGUGGUAGUGGACGGUGAGCAUGUCUGCGUCUCCGUCACCAGGAACGGCCGCGCCUCCACCAAGCGCCGGAGCAAACGCUCCACCACACAGACCUUCCAGAAGAAGGUGACCGUGGAGGUGCAGAGGGAGUUUGCGAUGGAUGCGGAGUGCAUCGCGCGCCUGUCGCGUCCUGUGCACGCGGACGCCAAGGCCAAGGCUCGCUCCACCACGCCCAACGACUCGCACUCGUCCGGCAAGGCCAAGCAGCGGCGGUCGCACACCGCCGACAGCACGCCGGCUCAGCCGAAACAACAGCAGCAGCAGCAGCAGCACAACCACAAUCAGCAGCAGCAGCAGCAGAAGCAGCAGCAGCAUCAGCAGCAUCAGCAGCAGCAGCAGACGCACGCAAGCGGAGCUACUUUGAACGGCGGCAGUCCCAGCAAGCGCGGCGGCGGUCGCCACAAAGGCGGCAGCGGCGGCGGCGGUUCCGGCGGCGGUUCCGGCGGCGGCGGUUCCGGCGGCGGUUCCGGCGGCACCGGACUCUCCGCGGCCGAGCGGUCCCAGUGGCAGGAGCUGCGCGAAUCCCUGGAGCUGGGACACACGGCGCUGAACCAGGGCCGGAGCCAUCAAGCCGUGAGGCAGCUCUCCCUCUCGCUGCGCGUGCUCGCCGGAGCUCAGAUCCAGAAGUUCAACCUGACCCUUGUGGACUUGGUGGUCGUGACGUACAAAUACGGCAGUGCCCUGGUGGACACCAGCAACCUUGAGGAGCUGCAGGAGGCUGAGUCGUGCUUCUUGAACAUCAUCGAGGCCUACCAGGCGGCACGCUGCAACAGCCUCGCCUACUACGGCCUGGGCCGUGUCUACGUGCGGCAGAACCGGUUCCAGGCGGCGCUGGCGCCGCUGAGCAAGGCGCUGACGAUGGUGCGGCAGGACAUGGUGCCGGCGCUGCUGUGCUGGCCGUACAGCGCCAGCGAGGUGGACGAGACGAGGCCCGGCCGCCUGGCGGCGCUGGUCGACGAGACGCUUCGCCUGUGCCGCUACCCUCCGAGCCCCGACGCCGUCUGCCGCUACGCCGGCUGCGAGGGCUUCUACAAGCUGAGCAUCUACUUCACCGACCCCGACUUCAAGGGCUUCGUGCGGCUCUGCUGCUCGCUGCGCUGCUGCGUGGAGUUCCACCCGGCCUGCUGGAAGAAACUGAAGGCGGCAGAUUUUGCCGACGUCGGCGACAAGGAGUUCCUGGGCCACUGCUGUCUCACCCCGGACUGCAGGGGCCGCAUGCAUAAAAUCAUCAUCUUCGGUUCGGAUGGCGUCAUCAAAUACGAGUUUGAGGUGACCGUCGAGAGAGAGAGACCACCACAACGCCCGUGCAUCAAGCAGCGAGCCAUCAGUGCCCGCAAGCUGCAUCGCAAGCUGGAGGUGAAGCAGCGCCGUGCGUGGCGCCGGCAGGAGGAGCGAGCGCGGCGCGCUGCCCAGCGCUCCGCCACCGCCGCCGGCGACGACGGUGCCGGUGCCGGCAGGGACACCGCGCGGGAGCAGCAGGGGGGGGCCAGGCUGGAGGGGGGGGCGGCCGCCCGUCAGCAUGACCCAGACGAGGCUCUGGACCACGUGGUGCGGCAGAUCUCGUCCCAGCGCUCCCUCCUGCUGCGCUGCUUCUCCGGCUCGGGCCGGCGCCGUCUGCUGGGCCGUCGCCACGGCCUCCUGCGCUGCCUGGCGCUCCGCGGCGCCGUGGCCCCCGCGGAGCUCCGCGCCAUCGCACCGCGGUUCACGCUGCCGCUAACCACGGCCACGGCCACGGCAGCCACGGCCACGGCGGCCACGGCCGCGGGCGAGGAGGAGGAGGAGGAUCCCUACGACGUGCAGGAGGACGAGGAGGAUGUUGACGACGACGACGAGGAGGAGGAGGGGGAGGAGGAGGAGGAUGAUGAGGAUGUCGUCGAUGAGGAUGGUGGCGAAGGUGGCGGCGAAGGGGCAGCGGGGCGCCUGCUGUCCCUGUUCGUGACCGACAGCGACCGUGUCCGUGCACGCCGCUUCGUCUGGGCCCUCGCCUCCUGGUGCCGGCGCCGCCUGCACGCCGACACUCGCCUUGCCGGGUGGGCCACGUGGCUGGACAGCGCCGGGCUCAAGGUGAGCAAGUCUUUCCUGCAGACGUACCAGGACCUGCUGGAGGCCGUGGACCUCUCACCCCUCCGGCAUCACCUCACCAAGCGUAAGGUGUUGACGGCCGACGAUUUGAAGCGACUGCUUCCCACGAGCGGCGCCGGCGCCGGCGCCGGCGGGGGUUGGCGCGGCGUCGUGCGCCUGCUGCUGGGCAAACCGGCAGAGGUGGCGCGGGAGUUCGUGUGGCUGCUGGCCGAGCGGUCGCCGCUCUUCCCGUCGCUGGGGCACGCGCUCGACACCUACUUUAGCAUAAUGGACGUUCCAUGUGUUGUCCUACAAAGAUCGGACCAUACGGACGAAGGGAUUUUGCUGCGAAAAAACAGAAAAUCGAAGAAGAAAUUCAAGAGAGAGUCCAAGAACCUCCUUUAUAUAUCGGGCUCAUCGACAGUCAGAGACGACGAAUCGGACGACUUGCUGGUGGAUCAAGGCAUGCUGGACCUGAUGCAGGAGAUGGAUGAGGAGGAGAGCUGGGCCGCCGCCGGCACCGGCGGCACCGGCGGCACCGGCGGCACCGGCGCCACCGGCGGCACCGGCGGCCCCUCAUUUGCCGUCCCCGAGGAGCUGAGGGCCCAGCUGGAACAGUUUGAGGCCGGCUUCACGCUGGGCCUGCCGCCCCCCGGCAGCGCGGAGCCACCGCCACUGCUGCUGGUCAACGACCCCGAGGGAUUCCCGCCCCUUGAGACUCCUCAGCACGCCGAGGGCGCCGACGGCGUGCGCGAGGGUCUCUACGACUACUUCUUCCACAUCCUGGCGGAGCACGGCCCGCUGCCCCUCGACUCGUCGCUGCUCACCGGCGAGUUCCGGGCCGCCUUCCCGCCGGCGGCGCAUUCGCUCGUCUCCAGCCGGGGGGGGCUGGCGCCCUUCCUCGCCGCCAGCCCCGGCUUCACGGUGCGCCACGGCGUCGUGGCGCUCUGCUCCGACGCUCACGAAGCCCUCCGCUCCCCGGCCGCCGACCUCGCCGCGGCCGCGGCCGCCGCCGUCGCCGUCGGCGACGGCGGCGACGUUCGCCCCCCGAGCUUUAACCUCUCGGCCACGACCCUCGACCCGGCGGAAGCAGAAGACCUCGAGCAGCCGCGCGACGGGGAUCCCGGCGAAACCGGCGUCGGGGCCCGCGGCGGCGGCGCCGGCGCCGGCGCCGGCGAGUCCGCGGCGAGGGGAGGGGACCGGCGCGGUCGCGCGCCCGGGGGGGCGGUCGGACCGGAUUUACCCGCCGGACCCAGCGACGGCGCCGCCGCCGUCGCUUCUGCCCCUUCUGACGCCGCCCCCCUCGCCGGCGCCGCCCCCCUCGCCGGCGCCGCCCCCCUCGCCGGCGCCGCCCCCCUCGCCGGCGCCGCCCCCCUCGCCGGCGCCGCCCCCCUCGCCGGCGCCGCCCCCCUCGCCGGCGCCGCCCCCCUCGCCGGCGCCGCCCCCCUCGCGCCGCCGCCCGACCCCAUCCUGGAGGAGCUGGACGACGGCCUGUCGGACGACGCCUUCUACAGUUCGGACGACGGCGCCAGCUCGUCGGCCGACAGCGAGUUCACGCCGUGCUUCUACGGCCCGGCGUCGCCCGGCGUCGCCGGCGUCGCCGGCGUCGGCACCGCCGCGGCGCCGCUGGCGCCCCUGUACGGUGGAGCGUUCGAAGGACUCCCCGUGGUGGCGUCGCCGCCGCCGCUGCUGCUGCCCGUCCAGUACCCGGCCGUCCCGACGGGUGGCGCCGGUGGCGUGGACGGCCGGUGGCAGCUCCUCGGCUCGACGCCGGCGGUGCCGGCGACCGCGGCGACGCCGGCGCCGGGCUUGGCGGCCGCUCCGAGAGAGGAGGAGGAGGAGGAGGAGACGGGAUCUGCCGUUGAGAUGAAGAACGCCGAAGUGCAGGCCACGCCGCCACCGGGGCAGAGCGUGGAGAUGAACACGGAGCCCUUCGCACCGCACGAGUUGGUCGAGGGCGAGCUCUGCCGCGGCGACCAGGAGCGGCGGCUGCUGCUGCGCCGUCUGGAGGAGACGGAGGACAAGUACCAGCAGGCGCGCCGGGAGUGGCGCGUGGAGCUGGCCAGCCUUCGCGACAGCCUUGCCGAGAGCCUCAAGAACUCGGAGCGGCUGCAGGAGCAGGUGGACCGCGACGGCAAACGCCUGGCACAGGAGCGCCGGGAGCACGCGGAGAAGAUGAAGAGCACGCUGAAGGAAGCGGCGGCCAUCAGGGCACAGAAGGAGAAGCUGGACAAGACCUUGGCUGAGAUGCAGAAGAAACAUGGAUCACUGCAGGAGGAGUGUAAGCACCUGCGGGAGAAGGCCGACGCCGACAGGAAAGUCAUGGACGCAUCGUUCACCAGCAUCCAGGAGCAGUUUGUGGAGGCCACGCGGAGGGCCAUGGAGGCCGAGGUGAUGUUGUUGGAGCUGAGGAGGGACUCUGCGUGUAGAGAACUGAUGAUCAUCGCUGAGCAAGUGGAGAUGAGAAGACAAGCCAUCACCAUGAUGCCCCUGUCCCAGUUGGCUCAGCGACAGGCGGAGGAGUCGGCCUCGGCCGUCAAGAUGGACGUGCGUGCCAAGGUGGCGCAGAUGAAGAAGGACUUUGAGGAGCACGUGACUCUGGUGAAGAACGGCACCAAGCUGAGCAGCCUGCCCAGCAUCACCGCACACACGCCACCACCACUGCCAGCCAGCCUCAACCUCAAGGCCCUGCUCAAGGCCAACGCGACGUUGUUCCGCCCCACCCCACCGCCGGCCACAACAACAACAACAACAGCCGCGGCCGCCACCGCUACGGCAGCCGCCGCCGCGGCCGCCGCCGUGGCCACGGCCCCCAGGCCUCUGGCCACGGCGGCCGCCCAGGCCGCCCAGGCCGAGCCCCGACAGCCGCCGAAGACGCAGCGUCCCUUCCUUCCCGGCCGCCAGCAGACGGGCAUGCCUGGCAUCCUGCAGCCGCCUGGCAUGCAUCAGCAGCAGUCCGGCAUGCAGCAGCAGCAGCAGCAGCCGCAGCAGCAGCAGCCCGGCAUCCUACAGCCACCUGGCUUGCAGCAACAGCAGCCUGGCAUGCAACAGCCCGGCCUUCUCCCUCACUACCCACUGCAGCAGCAUCUGGCACGGCAGCCCUUCCAGCCAAACCACGAUGCCUACCGACAGCUUCCUGCCCACCUGGCCUUCCAGCAGCAGCAGCAAUUCCCGGGCGCCUUCUCCGGCGCUUUCUUGCCGCACCUCCUGUUGCUACAGCAGCAGCAGCAGCAGCAAAAGCAGCAGCAGCAGCAACAGCAGCAACAGCAGCAGCAGCUCCCUAACUUCCUGCACCAACAGCCGCCCCACAAUGCAAUGCAGCAGCAGCAGCAGCCACAUGGCGUGUUCGGGCAGCAGCAGCAGCAGCAGCAGCCGGCGUCCGCCGCCGCUUCCCAGCAGCCUUUGCAGCAGCGGCACCCCCAGCAUGCCGCGGGGCAGGCGGAAGGCCCGGCGCAGGCCAAGUCGGUCUACGAUCGGCUCAUGGAGAAACUCAAGGCCAUGUUCCCCGACAUGGAUCGGCCGACGCUCAACAAGUUCAUGGUGCAGCUACGGGCGGCGAACGGCGGGCGCCUGCAGGGCCUGUCCUUCGAGGAGCUGGUGAACCGGAUCAGCGAGAUGGUGCUGGACCAGACGCGGCAGGCGCCGGCGGUGCAGGUGGCCCGGGCAGCUCAGGGGCCCACGCUGCCUACGCCGUCGCAGGGACAGCCAAUGGCAGCGGCCGCCUUGAGGGGUGGCGGCAGCGGCGGCAGCGGCGGGGCGGCUGCUGCGGCUGCUGCUGCUGCUGCAUCCCUGGACUCCGUACGCCGGCAGCAGCAUCACCAGCAGCAGCAGCAGCAGCAGCAGCAGCAGCAUCAGCAGCAGCAUCAGCAGCAUCAGCAGCAGCAGCAUCAGCAGCAACAGCCACCGUGGCGACAGCUUGUCAACAAUAACAAACAGCCGGCGACAAGACCAACCGACCACAUGCUGACUGGUGAGGAGGACCCGUGUGUCAUCUGCUGUGAGGAGCUCACCCAGGAAGCCCUCUGCGUGCUCGAGUGCAAACAUAAGUUCCACACCGAGUGCAUCCGUCAGUGGCUGACAGAGCAGAAGACGUGUCCCACAUGCAGGAAGUUCGCUCUGCUUCCCGAAGAGUUCCCGUCACUGUCCGGGCAUCCCCGCGCGCAGGGAUCACUCUCAAUCUCCUAGGCCGCAGAGACAGAGAGAGAAACACACACACACACACACAUGCAGACACACACAGACAUACAGACAGACAUACAGACACACAGACAUACAGACACACACACACAUGCAGACACACACAGAC